GUACCAACUUGCUGAAGGGCAAGGCUUUUCAGGGCAUGCUCUCCCUUCCUGUGAAAGUUUCUUUUCAGUUUUCUUGCUGCAGGUUGUGAACAGGCAAUAUUGAGAAUUUUCUGCAGUAGAGACAUUGUUGUGCUUAGAUCUGGGUCAAGCGUAUUAACUUCCUGUGGAGUCUGGAAUGCUGAAGAGAACUGUGGUGAAAGGCCUAAAGACGACCUGCUGCCAAAUUAAAGUGAGUGGUCCACCGAGGAACCCCAACAUGUCCAGGAAAGGGAGCUGGCAGUGAAGCAGAAAGCAUAUUAUUCUCCAUUAAAUGUUGUGAAGUGUAUCUCCUAAAGAGCCUCCAGAUGGGUGAUGACAUGAGCAUAAAGUUUCACCAGCAGCUUCUAGUCAUUGAUGAAAACCUGGGAACUGAAGAAGUGGAGGCCCUGAAAUUUCUCUGUAGUGACUUGCUGUCCUUCAAAAAGCUGGAAGCUGUAGAAUCAGCUCAGGACAUCUUCCAGCUCCUCAUGGCUAAGGAUUUCCUGAAUAAGGAAGAUACUUUCAUAGUAGCUGAGCUUUUGUACAGGAUUAGGUGUCACUUCCUGCUCCAUAAACUUGGCUACACUAAGGAGACAGUGCAAGAAAAUCUACCCUGGAAAGGGAAGGUAUCUCGGUACAGGCAGAUGCUGUAUGAACUGUCAGAGGACAUCACCAGUGAGGAUUUAAGAAGAGCCAUGUUCCUCUUGAGGAACCAGCUCCCAAAGAAGCUGACAAAUAUGUCCAGUCUAGAGCUGCUGAACUUUCUGGAAAAACAAGACUAUUUAGCAGAAAACAACCUGCAAAUACUGGAGAAAAUCUGUAUGGAAAUUUCACCUGAUCUCCUGAAAACAGUAAACAAAUACAAAAUGGAAAGAGUUUCUCUAGCUCAGCAGGAAAGCAGUCUGCCAGUCAAAGAAGCUGCAUCACUUCCCCAUCACACCCCUGAAGGACUGUGUCAUUCUGGAGGUGAUGUCAGGCUAUUGACUUCCUCACAGGAGACCCCUAUCAAAUCUCUGGAUUCUAAUAUUUAUGACUCUGGGAGCCUGCGGGAACAUGCUGGGAGUGUGUAUUUCAUAGCUGCCAGACAAGAUGACAAAGCAGUAAAUGUUAUUCAAGGCAUCUCUGAACUAAGCCAGGAACAACCUGCAAGGAUCAGCAACCCAGAAAGCAAAACGGAGAAGCUGAUGACCUAUAAAAUGGAUGGGCCACACAGAGGCUAUUGCCUCAUUAUUAAUAAUUUUAACUUUACUGGGACUCUUCAGAUGAGGAGAGGAUCUGAUAAAGAUGCUGAGAUGCUGGCGCAAGUGUUUACAUGGCUUGGUCUGGAUGUGAAGACUUAUGCUGAUAAGACAUCAGUAGAAAUAGAAAAUCUCAUGCAGGAAUGGCAGUCGAAAGAUCACAGAGACAGGGACUGCUUUGUAUGCUGUAUUCUAUCUCACGGAGAGUCAGGAUUGGUCUAUGGGACAGAUGAACGAGAAGUACCAAUCCGCAAGAUCAUGUCCUACUUCACAGCCAGCCAAUGCCUACAGCUGGCUGAAAAACCCAAACUCUUUUUUAUCCAGGCAUGUCAAGGCAAAGAGAUACAACAGGCUGUCUACAUUGAAUCAGAUGCACAGAAUCCUGACUUGCUUCCUGUACAGCAACUAGUCUCCCCUUUCGAAAGCAUUCCAGAAGAAGCUGAUUUCCUCCUUGGCAUGGCCACAGUGGGUGGCUAUGCAUCUUUCCGCCACAUACACCAUGGUACUUGGUACAUUCAAGCCCUCUGCAAUAAGUUACAGCUCUUGGUACCAAGAGGUGAAGACAUCUUGUCAAUUCUUACUGAAGUCAAUGAAAAUGUGAGCAAACGUGCAGACAACUUGGGAAGAAAGAAACAGAUGCCCCAGCCAGCCUACACCUUGAGGAAGAAACUGAUAUUCCCAGUGCCUAGAAGUCCACCCCCAUCACAGUAGCAAUAGGGUUUUUUUUCUGUUCAUUUACGAUCCCAUCUUGCAUUGGAUAAGCCAGCGCUCUUCUUAUUAAAUCAGGUGGAUGGUAAACGAUUACCAUUCAGGAUGAGGUCUUCCUGAAAUCGCUAAUACGUGGAGCCAAAGGAGAGUGCGAUAGGUACAACCAGUGGGCCAACUGGUCACAAUGUCUGUGUUUGCGGAAAUGACUGGUAGUGGUGGGGUUUGCUGGCAAUCUGAAUAAAUACAGACUUUUGCAAGCACUUCUGGGUUUCUGCAGGUGAAAUAGGUGCUGCGUGGGUUACUGUGGACACAAUAGGUGCAGAUGACUUUCCAUAGCUAAACCAGAGGGGUGUUAAUGAUCUGUUUUAAGACCAUGGUUCUUUUCUCUGUACAUUAAUGAUUUGGAAUCCUGCCAGUGAGAUCUCUUAUCAUGUGGAACAGUCUCCAAAAUCAGAAUGGACAAGACACCAGCAAAUGUGGUCUAGGGAGCUAAUCCUACAGUGACAAGUGGACAUUGGUCUAUUCCCUCUCAAAUUUAAAUGAUUUACACUCUGUGGAGCCACUAGAUUCCUCAUGUAAAGCAUUUAUUAAUCCCAGAGUGCAAGCUGUUGCCUUAAAACUGGAUGUUAAUUUGGUAUGUGGUUGGUUUAGCAUUCAUUGUCCAAAAUCAAAUUGUUCCAGCAGCACAAAAUCUGCAUUAUUGCCUCCUGUAGGAAACCAGCUUUCUCACUGCCAUAUCAGAAGGGUGGGGUGGGGGCUAUGGUUCAACAUGAAAGAGCCGCUGAUUAUCAUUUAUCUGUCAGAUAGGGCAUCUAACACUGCUGUGGACACAACAGGUUUUGGUUAGCUUUGUUUUUAAGCGCAAAAGUAUAUAGGGAUUAAUUUCUCCAUUAUUUAUAAAGACCACCACAAAUGUGGGUAUAUGAGAAAUGGGUGAGAGCUGGGCUGGAACAAAACUCCUGUCUUUGGGGUCAGAGUGACUAUAUCCCUGUUCCAGUGUGAGUAGACUAGAGUCUGUAAAAUCCACCUUGCAGGACUGUCCUGUGAGAUUAGAAGUGAAAUUCAGUGUAUGGUAAAAUCUUCAGUGGUGCAUCUCUUACCUGGAUGUCUUUUUACUUGUUUCUUUUCCAGGGGUGUUAGUGUCCUCAUGUGACCGGGGUGUAUGGCAACAUAAAUGGAAAUUAAUUGGCAAAAUACAGCCAUCUCUGGUUUAGAAGGCAGCAGCCAGCUUUGUAUAGCAGUGAGAUGGAUUUUGGGGAGAGGGAAAAUUUUGGCCAAGGAGAACAGGGCAAUUCCCUAGUCCCACAAAACAUGCAGUGGGAUUUUUAGCGUGUACAUACAGCAGACAAAGCCUCAGUAUUUUUUAGGGUCUCAAUCUGAGACUGCUCCCAUACAAUAAACUGCAUAAAACUCAUCUACCUCAAAGACAAGUAAGGUCAAUUGGACCCUGCUGGGAUAUGAAUCUGUGGUUCCAGAAAUGCUAGCUGUUUCAAACUUUAUGCUCAGAUAAAUCAUCUCCUGCAUGUAUAGUAAAAUGCUGCUAUUUUAAUAAAAGCUGGUAACAUUUA